GGGUUGUUAUCGCUGCCAAACCAUGCCUCAGCAAACCGCUCCAGUUUGCUUUUUAAUGGCGAACGCUAGCUAGUUAGCUAAAUGACCCCUCUCUGUCUUGGCUGGAGCUCAGCGGCCAGCUAACCCAGCCUCAGUCGGGAGAGGAAUAUCGCUAGCCGCGAAUAGCCGAGCUCGCUUCUCCCCCACCGGCUGACCAGUUCCUCAAAUGGAGUCAAUCCCGGUAUGGGGGACAUGAAGACCCCAGAUUUCGAUGACCUGUUGGCAGCAUUUGACAUUCCUGACAUUGAUGCCAAAGAGGCCAUCCAGUCUGCCCCAGAUGAGGCAGAGGGACCCCAUGGGGCUGCUGGGGCACCUCUGGGAAAGUCAGAUACCGGGGUGGGUGUUGGGUCAUCCUUGAGACCGCCGAGCCCCCCGGACCCCCAGGCGGACACCUCAAUUGUUAGUGUGAUUGUGAAGAAUAAAGUGCGCCUUGAGACCAACGAUGGAGGCGAUGGGGACACAGAUCAGGACCCUAUUGAUGUGAUCGCAGGGGUGGACGUGGGUCCUAGACUGGGAGCGUGUGCCCCCGGAAUGGCUGAAUCCGAGGCUCUUAACCAUAACGGGUUUGGGGCAUCUGGCGUCUCCACACCCCUUCCCCUCAGUCAGACCCAGUCUAAUGGAGGGCCGUGGUCAAUGAACACCCCUAAAGUGUCCUCGGAAGCAGCUGGUGCGACCAAGUCUCACAAGCAGGGCGGGAACAUUUUCAACAGACUUAAGCCGCUUGUGGCGCAGGGGUCUGGAGAUUCGGUGGGCCGGGCAAGGAAGAUGCAGCUUCUACAGCAGCAGCACCAGCAGCAGCAGGAUACGGGCCAAGAGAGGGCGGAUGGAGUCAAAGCAUCUUUACCGUCGUCCUCUUCUAUGUCGGCCGGGUCGUCUCCUCUGGCUGCAGGGGGAGCCGUCGGACUCGCCUCACCUUUCUUUCCGCCCUCCAAGCCUCUGCUUCCCACCCCACCCUCUGCCCUUUCAUCACACCCGCUGCACUCGUCUCAGCCUUUUAACGGGGCUCCCAAAGGUGGCCCUGCUGGAUUUCAGCACCAGCAGAUGGAGGAGGAUGAUUCUGACCCUGAUCUGGGGAGUCCACUGGUGAUCCAAGAGAACCCGGACUCCCCGACUUGCACUCAGCUGAGCCGACGUUACAAGUCCGACUCCGUCUCGACCCAGCCCACGUCCUCUGCUGCGUCUCACCCUAAGCCGGGAGACACUCCGUCAGGUGCAUCUCUGACUUCGUCAACACCCCAGUCGGGUUCAACUGAGAGUCCCCAGCUGGAGGACAGGCAUCCGGAACAUGUCAUAGAGGAGAGGGACUCGCCCGAGAGUCCUGAACCAGAGAUGCCAAAAUCAGCUGCAGCGAAGAGGUGCUCCAGCCCUGCUGUGGCCUCCACGCCACCGCCUUCUGAACUGCGCGAGCCCAAAGAGGAGGAGGAAGAGAUGGAGGUCGGGAAUGGACUUGAGAGGGUCAAUGACGGCAAAGCUGACAAGGGAGAAAAUGCAAGAGCAAGUGAGGAGAAGAUGGAGGUCGACGACGGCAAGGCUAAACCUCAGUCCACUGACGGAGGAGAGGCAGGUGUUGCUGCUGCACCUGCUGCUUCUGGAGCUCCAUCCCGACCCCUUAAAGUCAGAAUAAAGACAAUAAAAACCUCCACAGGCGGAAUCACCAGAACUGUCACAAGGGUCGCGCCCAAAGGUGGUGCCGCAGGGAAAGGUUUGGACCCUAAAGCUCAAAGCGAACGCAAGGUGUUAGGAAGCAAGGCCCAAAAGCUCGACGCCUCCGGUCACGUGACGACAUCUUCCCAGAAAGUAAGUGCUCUCAAUGCUCUGCCUGUGUCCACACUCGCGGCCAGCACCGUCAUGCUCGCCGCCGCCACGAAGGUUCAAAACAAAAUGGCAGCGUCAGACAAGGCCAAGGUUUCCGCCACUGCCGUGAGCAUCACUAAAUCUGCUGCCCUGCCUGUGACUCCCUCUGUGGCCUCCUCUCCCAAGUUCUCUGUCGCUGCCGGUGGGAUCAGCGUCCGCACCACCACCAAGACGGCUAACGGAGGCAGCGGCACCAUCAUAGGAGGCACACUCCAGCCAAACAAACCCGCCUCCAUCGUCAACAGCACAGGUGCCGUGAUCUCCCGCAGCCAGUCGAGCCUGGUGGAGGCUUUUAACAAAAUCCUGAACAGUAAGAACCUUUUGCCGAGCUACAAGCCCGACCUCUCUGCACCUCCUCCGCCUGAGUGGGGCCUCCCGCUCCCAGCCACGGGGUACCGCUGCCUGGAGUGCGGAGACGCUUUCGCCCUGGAGCGCAGCCUGGCCCGCCACUAUGACCGGCGAUCGCUCCGCAUCGAGGUGACCUGCAACCACUGUGCAAAGAGGCUGGCCUUCUUUAAUAAGUGCAGCCUGCUGCUGCAUGCCAGGGAGCAUAAGGAGCGUGGGCUGGUCAUGCAGUGCUCGCACCUCGUCAUGAGGCCUGUCACUGUGGAGCAGAUGAUUGGACAGCAGGACAUUACACCUAUUGGUGGCCUGCUCUCCCCUUCGUCCUCCUCUCCUCCAGUCUCCUCUCCCUCCACCACGACCGGGGGCUCCGCCGCCUCCGCCAACUCCAGCCCGAUGAAGGACGCUUCGGCUCCGUCGGCGGCUCAGCCUCGACCGGUCCGACGCGCACCUCAGGGCCCCCAGGCGCUGAUGCCCCUGCCUUGCAAGAAGGCCGAGGGGCUGCAGUACAACAACUUCAAAUGUCCAGAGUGCCAAACGCAAUUCUCCGGCAAAGCUGAGCUGGUCACCCACUUCCAGCAGAUCAGAGGCUCUCCCAACUCGACAUGUACACAGUGCUCGCCUCCCAUGAUGCUGCCUAACUCCUGCGCCGUGUCCGCCCACCAGAGGAUUCACAAACACCGAGCGCCUCACGUCUGUCCUGAGUGCGGCGGCAUCGCCAGGCAGGCGAGCUUCCAGACCCACCUGGAGGAGGCCUGUCUGCACUUUGCCAGGCGCAUCGGAUACAGGUGCUCGAGCUGCCAGGUUGUAUUCGGAGGGUUGAACUCCAUCAAAUCCCACAUUCAGACUGCUCACUGCGAGGUCUUCCACAAGUGCCCCAGCUGCCCCAUGGCCUUCAAGUCUUCCCCCAGCGCCCAGAGCCACAUCAGCACCCAGCACCCAGUGCUGACGGGAGGACAGGCCAAAAUGAUCUACAAGUGCGUGAUGUGCGAUACGGUAUUUACCCAGAAGCCCUUGCUGUACAUGCACUUUGACACCCAUUUAGCCAAGCAAAAAGUGCACGUGUUCAAGUGUCCUGACUGCACCAAGCUCUACGCCCAGAAAGGAUCGAUGAUGGAGCACAUCAAGACGGCUCACAGAGGACCGUCAGCCAAACAGACAGAGUCUCAGUCCGACGCCUCUAACGCCGCCUCAGCGCCGGCCAACUCCUCCGGUCCCUCUGGCCUCAAAUCCAAGUCCUCCGGCAAAGCUGACAACUCCGACGGAGAGGACUGGGGGCGGGAGCAAGAGGAGGAGGAGGAAGAAGAGGAAGAGGACGACGACGAUGACGCGGACGAGGACUACGCGGCUCCGGGGGGGAACUCGACCGCUGCGGGGGGCAGCUCUCAGCCCGCCGCCCAGACGGAGUGGACCUGCCCCCAGUGUCAGACCACCUUCACCGACAACGAUGACUAUCUGGGUCAUGUGAAGUUGGAGCACGGCAAGUUCCCCUGUCGUAUUUGUGGAGGCACGUUCAGCACGUCUUCCAGCCUGAGACGUCACGAGCGUGUCAUUCACGAGGGCAACAAAAGAGUCUUCCACUGCCAAUAUUGCACAGAGGGAAAACGCACCUUUGGCAGUCGCUUCUUACUGGAUAAGCACGUUCGGCUCCAUCACAGAACCCCAGACGGACAGGGUCCCCCGAUGACCAGGAAGCGUGCAGCCACAGGAGAAGGACCAGGCAGCUCCUCAGAACAGGACGGCGAGAGCGGGCCUCCUGGGGGCAGGGCGGGAGACGAGGAAGAAAACGCCACCGAGGACGGCGAGGAGGGUGCGGGUCCCGCAAAGAGGACCAGGGGGUCCAUUGCGACAUCAUCGUCGGCGCCCAACGAGCUGGAGGAGGACGAAAAUGUGUUCCGCUGCGUCCCCUGCGGCUUCUCCACCGAGGACGGGGCGGAGUUCCAACGCCACAUCCCCCAGCACCGGGCCGACACCGCCUCCUUUCAGUGCCUGCAGUGCGGCGUCUGCUUCGCGUCAGCCGGCUCUCUCAGCAGGCACCGCUUCAUCACCCACCGCGUGCGGGACACCCAGAGCGACGCCGACCGCGGCACCCCACGUGCCCACGGCUCCCCCGACGGCUCGCCCGCCGGUUCCCCUCAGGCGCUGGGUGAGGACGGAGAGGGGAACCUGGGCUGCAAGGUGUGCGGCCGGCGUUUCGACAAGGCCUCGGACCUCAACACCCACUUCAGGACCCACGGCAUGGCCUUCCUCACCGCACACAAAACAGACAAGCCGCAGUAGAGGCAGGAGGGUGGGGAGCGAGGAGCGGACGGAGGCUGUAGAAAUAUGAAUGUCGAUCCUGAGGUGAAACAGAGCUGCUUCCUGUGCAGGUUUUUAGCCACCACGAACAGUUUUAUGCACCUCUUCUGUGCAAUUGUAAUUGCAUGUUUGAUCACGUUACUGGUCACUUAACUAAAACACAUCUGUGAUAGACUCUUGGGUGGAAAGGCUCUCAAGUAAAGCAUUUAUAUAUCAGCCAUACUGUGUCUACAAAAAAAAAUAUGUCUUGUCCUUCCAUUUCAGUGUCACGCUGCACUGACUGUAGCCACCUGCCUGUUUUAUCAUGUAAAACUUAAUACAAACACCUCCCACUGUACUCCCGACAGCUGUAGUGCCGAUAUUUUUGUACUUCACACCGUUUAUGAUAUUCAUACUUGUUUGCCUCGAGUCCACACUAACUAUCGCGCCGUUGGAUCACUUUUAACAGCCCGCGGCGCCGUCAAAACUGAUCCGAAAAGCCAAGAUCUCAAGACGUCCGACGCAUGAAGGGGGAGUGUUUUUGGAGAAUUUGACACUGAUUUUUAUGUUGCUAUGAUAUUUAUUUAUACGGAGGAAAAAAACUAAAAACACAUUACUACUGUUGGUGUUCGUGCGAGUCGGUUGCGUCGAAUCUAACUCGACAAUAAAAGGGUGCGACGGAGACGCGAGGUGAGAAACUAUAGGAGACGAGGUUACCGGAGGUCUGUAGCCUGUGUAGUGUGAAUAAUGUGUGAUGUUGUUAAUCGUUAAGCUAGAACAAGAGGAGAGGUCAGGCCUCCUGCCCGUAGUAUAUGUGUACGAGUUUUGCCAUGUAAAUACAUAUAAUUACACUAAAAAGAAAGCGUUCUGGUUUUAGUAACUUGCUAUGAUAAUGUGAAUACGUAUAGUAUUUGUACUUGUACUGUUCCCCCUUUUUUUUUUCCCUCUCUUUCCCCUCUCUCCAAGCGAUUUGAAGUCUAAAAGAAAAAAGAAUUCCCCCCUCAGAGGUAGCUAUACAUUGUAAUUACAAAUCAGAGGGUGAGCGCGGGGGUCGUGUUGUCUUAAUGUGUAUGAAUACAAACGUUUAUCUCUUUGAGACGGUUCUUUUUUUAAUCGACAGAAUCAGUGCUUGCUGUAUUCACAUUUCUUUUGUAUGUUUCCAAAAACAGCCUUCACGGCCUACGAGUGGAUUUUUUUUUGUUUCGUUUUGUUUGUAUCUUUUAUAUGUCAUGAUAUCAUAUUUAUAUAGCUCAAUAGUGGAAAAAAAAAUUUCAUGUCAUUUUCUUUUCCAUGGUUGUGGUCUGCUUGCUGAAAUGCCAUACACUUUUGUGCUGUUUCGAAAAUAAAUGUGUAAAAGAAGACGAAUCACUUGUGUAGCAGGUUUAUGCAGAGCUGAUUCUUCCAGCCAUGCUGCCAUCUAGCUCGUCUCUCUCGGCAUGCGUCAACAUCGGUUUGCCGCAACCUCUAGAAUGACACGCCCACUUCGGUUUGUACUUCUGGUCAAGUAAAAAAACCAAAAAACUUCAUCCGUCUUGGAGCCAGCUGUUCGAAUUCAGAACCUAUUUAUUUAUUUAUUUUCUCCGAAUGGUUCCAAACAAGGUCCAGGAACUGGAGCGGAACUGGUUCCGUGUCGGUGGAAAAUGGGCAUCUAUCACAAAACUAAGAUUCUUCUACAUUUAGGGCAUUUAGCAGACGCUUUUGUCCCAAGCGACUUACAAUAAGUACAUUUGUUACAAGAAAGAACCCACAACAUAUCGCCGUUGACAAAGGAAGAAUUAGCGCUGAACACAAAGUCCUGCUAAGGGUGAUGGGAACGUUGUUAGUUUUGCAGGUGUUAGAUCACAAAACAAAUUAUUUGAUGUAUGGAAAGUUUGACCAGAUGAUGGUGCCAAAUGAAAAGUCAUGAGAUUCCAAAAAAGACAUUAGAAUUCAUCCCGAGGGGAACAACUAAGUAAACAAAAAAAAAAA